AUGUAUAGACGUCCCCGGAAGCUCGUCUUCAGACAGUUCGCAAUGGCUUCCAACUCUACUUCAAGUACGGAUACCGGUGUGCCUCAGUCGACGCCUACCCAGGCGCCGCCGUCUUCGGCCACGAGCUUAGAACCUCAAUCGUCGUCGAGUCCAAUUGCUAACAGCAGUCCAACUUCAGUCCCUACUACGGAGCCGCCGACGACUUCCUCUAUAAUACUCCCUACAACUAGUUCAUCCAUCCCGACCACAUCCUCGUCAAUAGAAACCACUUCCUCAACCACAUCAUCGAGCAUUCCCACGACCAGCUCAGCACCACCUACUACCUCUUCUGCCGCUCCUACAACCCCAACAACGACAAGCCCAUCUCUCGCGCCGACGUCAUUUACCAUUACAUCAACAAAUUCCCAGGGUGUAACGGUGACAGUCAUCCAGACAUCUACCCAAACUCCACCCCAAAAUACACGAACUAGCUCGUCAACGUCAUCUGCGGCAUCUUCGGCUAAAACUGCGGGACUGCAAGAUCCGGGAUCGAGUAGUAAAAGUAGUGGUCUAAGUAACUCGGGAACAAUCGCUGUCGCUGUUGUUGUGCCUAUUGUCGCAGUUGCUAUUCUCAUUGUUGCUGGUCUUUUCUUCUGGAGGAAACGCAAGGCACGUAAGGAUGCGGAAGAGUUACGGAGGAAGGAGGUCGAGGAGUACGGCUACAACCCAAACAACGACCCGACUCUACCUGCUGUUGGCGGCGUAGGAUCUUCUGGUCACGAUGGUUCGUAUGAAAUGCGUGAAGACGGAUCAUCUGGAUAUCGCGGUUGGGGAACUACAGCCGUUGCUUCUUCUGGAAGAAAGGCAUCGACAACAGUAUCUGGUGGACAAUCUGCUGGUGGUAUUGGUAUGGCAUACUCGGAAGGUACAUCGCCUACACAUGGCCCAGUUUCUGACACCAGGUCAGAUAAUCCUCUGAUGGACGGACGAGCAACAUCACCCGAAGCCGAAGCAUUAGGGGCCAUGGGACCAGCUGCAUCAUCCAACAGAAAUGGAGAUAUUAAUCGUGGGCCUUCAAAUGCGUCCUCAUCAUACAGCGCCGCUGCUCGAUCGGACGGCUCUGGAGAUGUGAUGGCUGGCGGUGGUCAAUACUAUAACAACCAGUACGACACCGGCAACCCCUACAGCGGCGAAACACAAUAUGGAAGCCCACCAGGACGGGCAGAAAUGCCUGCCCAGCCUGUCAUCCGAGAUGUGCAAGCUCGGCGCAACACCCGGAUAGAAAAUCCAUCACACUUCCCACAACAAAGUGCCGGUAUCUCACAGAACUUCUAA